GAGAGACACCGUUGUGUGGUGCAAAAGUAAAAGUUGUCUGCUGAAAGUGAUAAGAAAUAAAGGAAGGAAAAUGCGCAGCUUGUGCGAAUCAAUGCUGCUGCUACUGCUGAUAGCAGCUGUUGGCGUGGCAACUGCUGGCGUCACGCCCAGAUCGGGUUUGACUUCUAGCUACGGUCAUCAGGCGAAGAUAUUCAUUGAUCAGUCAAGUGAGAGAUAUUUCAGGCUGUACAAUCAGAUCGCCUCCGAGACAUAUUCGGCGAACAACGAGGAGGACUUCGAGGCGCUCUUCUCCAAGCUGACCACUGUGAAGCGCAUUGCGGAUGAGCUCGUCGGAAUUUCCCGCGAAGCGAGCGGCUUUGAUCUUAGCAAGGUAAAAAAUAAAGUGUACAAAGCGGCACUGGAGGAGUUGCGCAGUGUUGGUGAUUUAUUUGUGCUGGGCGAGGAUUACUUUUCGCUGGUGCAAAUGAAUCUGGCCUCACUGCAGAAGAUGUCGACGGACAAGGACAUCGAGCCGUAUAUGGGCGGUGCCAAAAUGCCCAACGAGGACGAUAGUCCACUGGCGUAUUAUCCAGAUAUUCAGAAGAUUGUGCAGCGCAGCAGCGAUGUGGAUGAGCUGAAGUAUUACUGGGAGACGUGGCGCGACAAGAAUCAGAUCUGGGCUUCAGUUAAUUUCUAUACCAUUGUACAAUCGUACCAGAAGGCAGCCAAUAUUUUAGAGAUUCCAGUGCAUCAGCUGUGGUAUCGCUACGAUAGCCAGGAGAUGAUCCAGCAAAUGGAGCAGGCUAUGUCGGAGCUGAUGCCUGCCUAUAAGGAACUCCACGCCUUUGUGCGGCAUGAGCUGCACAAGAAAUAUGGCAGUGAUGUGGUGAAUCCCGAUGGACCCAUUCCGGAUCAUCUGUUUCAGCAGGUCCUCGAGCAGGCUUGGGAGGAGGGCAGCAUCAUUGAGUCAUACUUUCCACGUCAGCGCCUUCCACAGUUCGAUGACUUUGUGCAAGAGCUCAGUGCAAAGGCACUCGUCAAUGAAUCCGAAAACUUUUACACAUCGCUGGGCUUUACGCCGUUGAGCCCUGAUUUCCACAAGAAUCAGCUGAAGGAACCGAAUGAGGACACCCCCAAUGACGAUUGUCGUCCCUCACUCUUUGAUCUGACGCCGCGUGUUCUCAUGAUGUACUGCGAGAAGGUCAGCUUCAGGAAACUGAUGCAGUAUCAUGGCCACAUGGCGCGUGUCUAUUAUGCCGAGCAGAAGAGGCAUUUGCCCUCGUAUCACUUCAAGGCCUACAACUUGGAGUAUCCCGUGGGUGAAGCCGUCGUGCUGUCUGCCUCCACGCCCAGCCAUCUAACUGGGCGUGGUCUGGCCAAAACUGCUUUCACGGAUGAGGCACUGAUGAAUCGACUGUUUCGCAUGAGCAUUCACACUAUACUCAAUAUUCCACUUUAUUAUGUGCACACGAAAGUAAUGCACGAUCUUUUGAAUGGGACCGUGGAUAUGGAUACAGUGAACAAACACUAUUGGCAACUAUUGGAACUGCAUGCGGGCAUUGAACCACCGACGGAUCGCGCAGAGGGUGCCAUUGAUUUCCCCUACAAAUUCUAUGUGAACAUCGAGCAGAACUACCAGACUAAAAAGUUCAUUUCGGAAAUAUUGGGCUAUCAGUUCUAUCGCGCUUUCUGCCAGCAGGCUAGCCAUAGCGGUCCACUACACAAUUGUGAUUUCUAUGGCAAUUUCGCUGUGGGCAACAGCCUCAAAGCUAUGAUGUCGUUGGGCUCCUCGAAGCCUUGGCGUCAGGUAAUUGGCAAAGCGAUACCCCAAUAUACAGGUCUGAGCAGUUUGGCGCUCUUGGAAUACUAUCAACCCAUCGUGGACUGGCUCAAUGCGCACAAUAAGGAGACUAAAGUAAAAAUUGGCUGGAAUUCCACAACCAAAAAAAUCGUUUAAUUACGCUGCUCACAAUUGUAUCUAACCAUAAGCAUUUGUUUGAGUAAAUCAAUAAACAAUUUACCUAAAAACAUA